CUGACCUCUCAGGAAUUUCUGUCUGGCUCCCUAGUUAUGUAGCCGGCAAUCCGGAGUGGAGCCGGAGUGGCGCCUUGGAGUGGCAGGAGCAGGUUUCAGGGUGAAAAAUGAGCGCGAACGGAAAGCAGGAGGCCACGGCGGCGACCAAGGAGGAGUUUGUGGAGUUCUUCCCCCAGAUUGUCAGGGAUCUGACCAACGACGAGCUCCAUAGCCCAGAAGUAGCCGACGCAGUCGCCAGAUUAAAAGAAGUCAUCGAAUACAAUGCAGUCGGUGGGAAAUAUAAUCGGGGGCUGACCAUCGUCUCCGCUUUCCGGGAGCUCGCUGGGCCAGGCCAACAGGAUCAGAAGAGCUUACAAAGGGCCUUGGUGGUUGGCUGGUGCGUUGAGCUGCUGCAGGCUUAUUUCCUGGUGGCCGAUGACAUCAUGGAUCAUUCAGUCACACGGCGUGGCCAACCUUGCUGGUACAAAAAGGAAGGAAUUGGUUUGGAUGCUGUGAACGAUGCUUAUUUGAUCAAGUCCAGUAUCUACCGGAUGCUGAAGCGGUACUGCCGGGACCAGCCGUUUUACCUCAAUCUUUUGGAGUUGUUUCUCGAGACUUCAUACCAGACCGAGUUAGGCCAGGCCUUGGAUGUGAUCACUGCGCCGCAGAACCAUGUGGACUUAAACCGCUUCACGGAACAGAGGUACAAGGCGAUCGUUAAAUACAAGACUGCUUUCUAUUCCUUCUACCUACCUGUGGCUGCUGCUAUGUACAUGGCGGGUAUCGAUGGUGAAGAAGAUCACGCUCACGCCAGAGCAAUCCUCCUGGAAAUGGGGGAGUUCUUUCAGAUCCAGGAUGACUUCCUCGACUGCUUUGGGGAUCCCCAAGUGACCGGCAAGAUCGGGACCGACAUCCAGGACAACAAAUGCAGCUGGCUGAUAGUGCAGUGUUUGAAACGGGCCUCGCCGGAGCAGAGGCGCCUGCUAGAAGAGAAUUAUGGGCAAAAGGAAGUGGACAAAGUUGCCCGCGUGAAACAGCUUUACGAGGACCUGGGCCUGCCAGCCAUUUACCGGGAAUACGAGGAGACCAGCUACCAGAGUCUCUCGGCCCUCAUUAAUGAGCACGCCGUCCGCCUGCCCAGCCAGAUUUUCUUUAGCCUGGCUGAGAAGAUUUACAAGAGACAAAAGUGACCGCCCGGCCCAUUAGAGAGGAAUCCGGCUGGUCGCUUCCUGUUUCAGCCAAGACUCGAGGCCUCACUUAGUGCAAUUGUGUGUGUGUGCGGGGUGGGAGGGUGGGGUGGGGUGGGGGUUAAAACUCUUCCGGUAAUGUAGAAAGGUGCUUUAAAAGGGCUUUUUUUUUGUACUUAUGAGGGAGCAACUAGUUCCGGAGUCGUUCGGCAAGCCCGUGUCUACACUGUGACCGGUUUGAGAGUCAUUGAGCUAUCAUAAAUCCUCAGAGCGGAUCUUUUAGCGAGGAUUCUCUUCACGCCGGGAGUUUUGUUCUUUUGAGAGCCCGGGGAAGGGCGGUAGAGCUAGGAGGUCAACUUUUUUGUUUGUUUUAAGUCAGGGUUGAAUGUAAGAGACGGAAGGCGCUCUGCAGAGGGUCUGGUUUCACCCGCUAGCCAGGGCGUGGGUUCGGUCUGCAGAGGCCGUGCCGCUCCAUCCUUGAGCCGUGGUGGAUGUUCGCUGUCUUGCACACUCUCAGAAACGGUAAUAUCUCCUCCUGUUUUUGGAGCCUAGGAGCAUGGGUUUUUUUUAACAGCUUGAAUGCCAAGUGUCUUUCAAAUCUGGAUUAAGCCAGCCCCCCCCCCCCCCA